AUGAACUUCCCAAAAAAUAUUGAGGAAAUGAAAAUUACUCGUUAUUUCUUCCAAUUACUUUUUAACUGUGCUUUCGAAGUUUUUCAAGUUUCUCGUCUUAUAAUUAAUCCGCAAAUGAUUGAAUUAUUAUUUGAUGAAAAUAUAACAAAUCUACCUUUGCAAAUACAUUCACAAUUAAUCGACCUAUUUUUUUUUGGUGAUUAUUCUUUGAACUUCAUUUUGAACCAUUUGAUUGCUGAUGAUCUUAUCAUUGACUGUGACAUUGUAAAAGAUGUGGACCUUAUAUUUCAAAUUUUGGUAAAGGGAGACAAAUUUUCCAAUAUUACUCUUCUAUAUAUUAAUUCAAAAUCUUACUUUUUCAUUAUUGAGCGUAUAGAAACAUCACAGAACAUUUCUAAAAUUAUAAAAGAAAUCCAAUUCAUUUUUCUUGCUGGAUCGAAUAUUAAAAAUGAAAAAGCAAAAAAUAUUAAAAUCAAGAUUGAAGACAAGAAAAAAAUUUCAGAAUAUCAACUCUCUAAUAAAUACAAUCCAAAAAUGAAGUUUUCUGUAACCAAUGAAGAAUAUGCGUCUGGAUAUCGGAAUUCUGUAAUUAAGAGAAUUAAUUGAUAUAUGUAAAUUUAUUUAUAUAAUACACAUAGAAAGGAUGGGUCGGGUUGAGGACAAAAAGUUAGGGCGAAUCUCGGGUCUAAAAAAAUUACCAUCUACUUUCCCAUUAAACUACCCCGCUUUUCC